CAGAGGUCUUCAGCUGUUCUCCAGCAGCAUUUCACCUCUGCACAGAUUAGCGGCAGCAGCAGAGGCAUGCAGGGCUGGAGAGCAACCCAGCCCGCAGCGACGCACACUACCCCGGCUUUGUAACCCGAGAGAAAACCGCAAGGACAGGGGAAAGCUUUUGUGUUGCCAGGGAGAAGAAACUCCGAGCAGGUAAGCAGCCAGCCAUGAGAGCUUAUUCUCUGUCUGCGAGAUUCCUUCAUCACCUCCUCUGACCAAAUCCAACACUCAGCAAACCAAAGAUGUCAGCCUGCGGCGACUUUGCAGAACACGUUUGGAAACCCGGCUCUUGUAAGAACUGCUUCCACCCGCUCAGUGCACACAAGACUGGCCGCAUCUCGGAUGACAACGUUCCGUCAGCCUGUUUGAAGAGCAGCCUGGGAGGUGAUGAGGAGGGUGGAGUGACAGCACCUUCACCCUACAGCAAACCAACGAUUGCUGUCAAACCGACCAUGAUGAGCUUUGACACAAGUGAGACAAAAGAUGUGAACAUGAACAUAGAACAGCAGGACAACCCAAAGAGUCCAGCUGAACGAAUGGGCCUGAAGAAGCUCCUGAACAUGUCACCACUCUACAUUGAUGAUGAUAAUGGUUGCAACAAUGGCCAUAAAGAGUCAGUUCUUCAAAGCCCUGAUGCCAAGAUUGACUACAACAGCUGCCUCUCGAUGUCCCCCAGUAUCCUGCCCAAAGACUCUUUCUUCAUUAGUAAUGUUUUUGUCAGCCAGGAGGAAGGAAGAGGUUCGAAGAGUUUCAAGAAAAAUGCCAAUGGGGACUCAUGCUGGCAGCAAAAUAAUACACCCGGUAUUGGACCGAAAAGCACUUACAAUAAAGGGACUAAUUUUAGGGAGUCCCGUGAAUCAACAUUGGAUAUUCCGUUGUCGGUGAAUACUGUUUCUUCUGAACCUACCACAGGUCUUUGCAACCAUUUAUGCAGGAGUACUAUUAUCACAAAAACAGCCAACAUUUCCUCUGCCAACACCACAGCCUCAAGUGUGGAGACUACAAACCACAGUAGCCGAACACCCUUCAGUCCUAUUCCUGCCCUAUCUAAAGAGAACAGCUUGUCGGACUCCCCUUCUUCCUAUCACAGCAGUACCGAUUCUCUUUCUGGGCCUGCUGGAUCAGUUGAAAAACAGAAUGGGUUACUGGUCCACCAAAGUCCAUCCGCCACUGGUAGUCCAGAGUCAACUCCAAGCUCUCCCAGUGUUCAGAAAGACUGUGAGCCAAUUUACGCUGAAAGCACCAAGAGGAAGCCUAAGCCACCAAGAAAUGGUACACAGUCCAGUCCUGGGUCCCAAAACCAGAUUAAGCUAUCCCAGUGCUCUGAGUCUGAACGUUCUGGAGAGAAUCAGCGAGCCACCAUCACUGUAAUGGCUGCUCACACAGAAGAGAACAACAGAACUUUCUUCCUGAGUAGCCCAGAUUCAGGUGUCGGCACUCAGUGCCAUUUUAGCCCAACAGCACGCAAAGACCCCAGCAGCCCGGCCUUCCGUUGGCCCAGUCCAAGCCACAGUGCACCUUCUUUAGGCAGAGAAGCUUCCUUGUCUCCAAACAUGCACCCGAAGCCCCAAUCUAGCCCACCCAUUCCUCCUAAGCGAAGCUCUCGCUCCCCAAAACUAGGUACAUCUAGUCUCUCUCCAUCCAUGUCUUCUCCGGUCCUCCUUCCUGAUUUCCCUAAACUCGGUACAUCUAGUCUCUCAACAUCCAUGUCCUCCCCUAUCCCGCUGCCAGAACUCCCCAUGCUCUUCCUCGUCUCUGCGAGAGAGGGACACUUCAAGGGCCCCACAGACAACACGAGUGCAACAUCCGAACGCUUACACAUGUCCAGACACCACAGCUCUGGGUGGAACUGCUGCAUUGAGGAAGAAGAGGAGGAUGAGCGGAAAGGGGUGGAGAUGAAGAAGUUAGCUGCCACCAGUUCGGGAACAACCUCCCCAGAGACGGGACUCAUCAAUGGUGCUGAUGUCUGGAAGAAGGCCAAUGAUUGUAAGCCCCACAGCAGUCCCCAUCCGAUGACGGAGCCAGGCACGGCCCCUCCGGCUAUCCCCAACAAUGAUGCCUGUCAGGGGGAAACCGAGGGCACCAGCGCAAAGGAGGACGGCAAGCAUAACGAGAGCAUGCCAACCAGGCAACCGUUGCAUGGAGGCUCAUCAGAGCUGCUGGCAGGGGGGAAAGGAGCUUUCAACCAUGACCCCAACCCACCACCUCCCCCACCUAAAAAGCUGCACAGGGUGAGUGGUAAGAUGAGUGGCAGUACAGUGGAGUUGAACUGCAGCAGCCCUCAAGAGUCGGCAGACAGUCCUGUGUCUUCUGUACAGAGCCUGGGAAGCAUUAGCCUACCAGCUGCAUCCACUGACAACCUGACAGGUGACGCUGGGUCUCGGGAUGCUGCACGGAUGUCUUGUUCUUCGCCGUUUCCCAGAACUCCUGUGGCAUCAGCUCCUGGUUCUCCUCACUCGUCCUCUUUCAACAGCUUGAGUAACCAGCCACCUCCUCUUCCAGAGAAAAAAAUGGUUAACCGCACCGUGUCGGCACCAACCAGCGCCAAUGGGAAACCUUUCAUCCGAGCUUAUCCGCGCCUUCCUUUCGCCAGCUCAGAGAGCAAUGUGUGCCGCUCUGCUGAUGCCGCCUCCCGCACCAGCCUGCCAUCGAGCCCUGUUGACUCCCGGCCCGUUUUCUCCUCCAAUGAAUCUCUGGAACGCUGUCACCUCCCUUUGUCCCGUCCCUCAAGGUCCCAGACGCUGGAUGAGCCGCAAAAGGCUCAGGGCCGCUUAGGUGUACACUGCAGAACCAGCAUCACCUGCUUGUCCUCACCCCAGCUUAGCGCACCCUUCCCGUCCACGGAGGCAAGCUCUGCACCAAACCUCGGCUCAAGCUUGCAGCUCCAGACUCUUCUGAGCAAUAUUGACAGCAGGGAGGGUGUGUACUCCAAGCUUGGCGGCCUGUAUGCGGAGUCCUUGCGGCGCUUGGCCCUAAAAUGUGAGGAUCACUUUACUCGCUCCCAGAAGAAUCCGCUUAGGUUUGAUGAGAGUAACUGGUCACUGUUCAGGCUUACUUCUAACAAGCCAAGCUGCAAUGCAGGAGAUGCUGUGUACUACUCUGCCGCCUGGGCCUCGGACCCCAGAAACUCCUACGCUGUAAAGAUUUGUAAGAGUUCAUCCAUUGAGGCCAAACAGGGUCAUCUCUAUGGUCUGACGGUGCAGCAGAGCAUCCCUUCUCAUUUUAACAUCCAGCAGGAUUGUGGUCAUUUCCUCGCCUGUGUUCCUCAGAGCAUGCUGCCUUCAGAUGAGGUCUCCCUGCCUGCUGCACCGGCGCCUGUACCGCCCCAGUGUGCAGCAUCUGCUCAGGGUCAGCAGGCGGAGCAAGAGAGAGUGGUGGUUAUCACUCCUGAGAUUCCCCAUCAGACCACUGCUGACUUUGUUCGGGAGUGGGAGGUGUUCCAUAAAACUCAGCCUGAGGUAUAUGAGCGCCGGGUUUGCUUCCUGCUUUUGCAACUCUGCAAUGGCUUGGAACACCUGAAGGAGCACGGGGUAACACACCGUGACCUGUGUUUAGAAAACCUGCUAUUGGUUCCUCGUCAGCACAGGCCCUCCCACCUAACUCAACAGAGCUCCGCUGACAGCAGAGCCAGUAACGGUGCAGCUGCUGGAGAUAUUCAGCGCCACCUUCCCCGUCUCCUCAUCAGCAACUUCGCCAAGGCUAAGCGUCGCUCCUCAGAGGACGCGGCUUCGACAAAUGGGGACCCUCGCUUAAAGCGUGACCAUGCCAGAUUGGCGCCUGAGAUUGUCUCUGCAGCUCAGUAUCGUAAAUUUGAUGAGUUCCAGACAGGCAUCUUGAUCUACGAGCUUCUCCACCAGCCCAACCCAUUUGAGGUGUGUCCAGCGCUGAGAGAACAAGACUACUGCUGCGAGGACUUACCUCCUGUCCCCCCUGUCUCCAUUUACUCCUCGGGCCUCCAAAGGCUCGCACAGCUCCUCCUGCAACCCGACCCAAUCAAGCGCAUCCAUAUCCAGGAAGCUAAGCGGAUACUACAGAGUCUGCUCUGGGGCCCCCGGAAAGACCUGAUGGAGCAGCAGUGGGAACGGCACAGGCGAGGCGGGGUCUUCGUUGACGGGUCCCGACACGAGGGCCUCCUGAACUGGCUGGACGUGAAGAGAGCCCUGCUGAUGAUGAAGUUCGCCGAGCGCUCGCUGGAGCCACAGAGGAACGCAGAGCUGGAGGACUGGCUGUGCUGUCAGUACUUUUCCACGGCUCACCCUCUGUCUCUCUGCCAUACGGCUGAACUACUCUACUCCCUGAAGUGACAGCUCACAUGAGCAAGCACAGUUAAAAUCAUGUGUGAACUUGCAAAUGAGAAAGUCAAAGUUAAUGUCCAGACACUGCAGGGCUGAACUGUGAACUGUUACUUCUGCAUGCAUGAGAGCCAUAAAUCACAGCAUCUACACAGUCUGUGCUGGAGCUGAAGAACUGGACCCUGAAGAACUAGAGAUGUACCAAUUAGAAUUUUGUGCCCAAUAUUGCCGAACUGUUUUUUUUUUUUAAGGCUUUGACCUGACGAAAUUGAUUUCCCUUAAUAUAAGGAGAUGGAAAAGCAGCAUUGAAAAUAUAUCCUGCCAUGACUGGUUGUUAGGAGCAGAGGCAACAGCUCACUGUGUAUAUGUGAGGGAUCAGUUGCUGCAAACCAGGGUUAAACAGUUAUAUAAAAAGGGACAAAAUGAUUACAUAGUUAACAUUUUAUAUUGGCAUUAGUAUUGUAUAUUAGUGAUUAGCAUAGCUAGCAUUACAGACACAGCAGUCUCCAUGGUUAUCACUAGAGAAUAUAGAUUCAACUUCAAGACCGAAAAUGUUGUCAUCAGCACAUCCUGCUAGCUCUUGGUGUAAUGCAUUCACUGAUUUUUUGUUUUUGUUUUACAGUUUUCAACCGAUCGGUCACCGGUCAAGGACGAUCAAGCUGAAAACCGUCCGAUUCCGGUCUUUAGACAACUUCUUGCUGCAUUUCUAGAAAAAAGUGGUUAUAACAGAAUACACUUACCAAAGUUUCUUAUUUGACACUAUGUGUAUUUAUUAAAUAGAUGUGGAGACAGUUUAUGCACUGUGGAAGCCUAAUGACUCAUACCGGAUCCUGUGUCUGCCUAUACAUCUUUGUUGUGUUUAAAUGUACAGCUCAACUUUUCUCCAUUUACAUCUAAUUUCUUCUCAGUAUAAGACAGGUAUUCUUGUCGAUUUGAACUGUUGCACCUUCUGUUUCACAUGUUAAGUCAUUGGCACAUAGUGCUGUACUGUGAAAGCAACCAGUCCAGAGAAUGGCCGCUCUUCUGUGCUUAGUGGUUCGCUGGCCUAAAUGAUCAAAGCAAGCCUGCUUAUGCAUCGACUGAGAAAGAUUUCUCUCACUCUGCUAACUUUCAUCACAUAUUUAAACAUUCUGACAUUUGUUGCAGUGCCUUUUGUUCUUUGUAUAUGUUACAGUGAUUUGAACCAAGUGUAAAUAUAUUCCUGAUCAUUUGUCCUUUGUGAAACUGGCCUUUCACAGAAUGUUCCAGUAACAACUCUGUACAGAUAUUUGUAAAUUAUUUUCAAAAGAGAAUGUGAGCCCAAGCAGGUCUUUAAAAACCCAUGAAUAUGAGCUGCAGUUAUUAUUUAUAAUGUACUUUUUCGAUUUCCUAUAGAAGUCACUGGAGUUUUUUCUUAGUUCACUGUCUUUUUUAUAUACAUUUGUUUCCCUUUUGUGACUCAAGUUGGCUGCCGAAAACAGUUGAAAUUGUGAUUUGUUUUUGUUUUUUAAUCCUCAACAAAAAUGUUUAUAUGAACUGUCUAGUGAACAGCCUGCAUGCAGGUGUUUGUCCACGACUAAUUUUGAAAAACAUGAAUUGAAGUAAUGCAUAAUGGAUUUGAAUUUGUUUGUGUCUCUCCUAUUUGCGUUGGUCAAUAAACUGUGCAUAUAUUUUCUCACAGUUAAA